UAUCGUGUGCACAUAUAUAGAAAAUCAGUAUUGUCUUCCUAAGAACUCACAAUAUCAUUUGCCCAAAACAUGGGAAACUUUGUGUCUUGCUUUACCUCAUCACAAGAAACCCAAACUUUUCCCAUUGAUACCAGCUUCAAGCUUCCAUCUCCAUUGCCUUCUUGGCCACCAGGAGAUGGUUUUGCUAGUGGAAUAAUUGAUCUUGGAGGACUUGAAGUUUGCCAAAUAACAUCUUUCACCAAAAUAUGGUCCACUUCUCAAGAUGGAUCAGAUGCCACUGAUGUCACAUUCUUUGAGCCAUCACCCAUACCAGAUGGCUUUUCCAUGCUUGGUUGUUAUUGCCAAUCCAAUGAUACCCCACUUUUUGGCUGGGUUCUCGCAGGAAAAGAUGUUUCCGGUGGAACCCUAGCUGCUCCGGUCGACUACACUCUAGUCUGGAGCAGCAAUGAUUCAUGUUAUGUCUGGCUACCAACCCCACCGGAGGGUUUUAAGUCAGUAGGCUACACCAUCACUACCUUGCCUAGCAAACCUUCACUGGAUCAAAUCUGGUGUGUUCGAGCCGAUCUAACCGAUGAAACCGAAGUAGAUGCAUUGUUAUGGAGUUCUAGUGAUGUGAAUGUGUAUGGGUUAAGGCCAAAAGUUAGGGGGAGACAAGCUCUAGGGGUGUCUGUAGGUACAUUCAUAAUUAGCAAAAAUGGAGAUGAUACAAGUUUAUUAUCUCUUUCUUGUUUAAGGAAUAAUAACUUUGAGAACAUAACUUCUUUCAUGCCAAAUUUAGACCAAAUUGAUGCCCUAAUUAAAGAAUACUCCCCAAGAUUCUAUUUUCACCCUAAAGAAACCUACUUUUUUGCUUCAACAACAUGGUAUUUCACCAAUGGGGUUCAACUCUACCACACAGGAGAAGAGUCAAACCCUAUCCCUGUGGAUCCCACCGGCUCGAACCUUCCUCAAGGUGGUUCGAAUGAUGGCACAUACUGGCUCGACCUGCCAGUUGAUGAAGCUGAGAGAGAAAGGGUCAAGAAAGGUGACUUGCAAAGUUGUGAGGCUUAUCUUCAUGUCAAACCAAUGCUUGGAGCCACAUUUACUGAUUUAGCCAUUUGGGUUUUUUACCCUUUUAAUGGCCCUUCAACUGCUAAAUUGGGGUUGGUGGAUAUCCCUCUAGGUAGGAUUGGUGAACAUAUAGGAGAUUGGGAGCAUGUGACCCUUAGGGUUAGCAAUUUUAACGGACUUUUAUAUCGUGUUUAUUUUGCGCAACAUAGUGGAGGGAUGUGGGUGGACACAACGUCUCUCGAGUUUUUAGACGGUAGUAACAACUUCGCAGCUUACCCGUCACUGAAUGGCCACGCAACAUACCCGGUCCCAGGACUUGUACUGCAAGGAAAUGAUGUGGUUGGUCUUAGAAAUGAUACUGCAAAAAGUGACAAAUUUUUUAAUGUAAAAGAAAGAUAUUCAGUCAUGGCUGCCGAAUACAUCAAUUAUGUAAUUGAGUUGCCAUGGGUGAAUUUCGCAAGAAAAUGGGGUCCAAAAAUAACGUAUGAGGUUGGAAUUGAGAUUGAAAAAAUUCAGAAUUCCGUAGCCGGAACUUUAGCAUCGCCAAUAGGAAGCUUGCUUGGCCUUAUACCGAGGGAAUUUUCAAGUGAGGAUGGACCUAUCGGACCUAAAAUGAAGGUUGAUUGGGACGGUGAUGAACGCUGAUUAAUCAAUCAGCCGUGUUUGUUAACUAUUUUACUUUCUUUUUUUUUUCAAUUUAUGUUACAUUUGCAUUUAAUUCGUUUUGCAUGUGAUGUACGUUUUCUUGGUAUGAAAUAUUGUUUUGUUUGA